CUUCUCUGUCAUUUUCCGGCUACAAUGGCGUCAGCUUCCAAGAACAUUGAGCAAAACCCUUUCUCAUUAAAACCCCCAAGAUCUCUGUCUUCCUCCGGCGCUAUAUCUUCCACCGCCGUGGCUUCCACUUCAGUAGAACCCCAAAUUCGGAACCCUAACCCUAGCACAAACGUCUUACCAUCGACCAAGAAUUCACCGAUUACGAUGUCACAAGAAGAUGAAAUUCUCGCACGCUCUAGUCACCUCACAUGCCCAGAGCUUCUCCGACGCCGAGCAUACAACCUUAAGCAGCUCGCCAAGUGCUAUAAAAACCAUUAUUGGGCUUUAAUGGAGGAUCUCAAGACGCAACACAGGGAUUAUUGGUGCAAGUAUGGGGUUAGUCAGUUCAAAGACCAACAGAAUCAAUCGAUUAAGAGACGGAGGCUUGGUCGAGAAGGAGAAAUCGCCGCCGUUGAAGGUAGUGGAGAUAAGGCUAAUGAUGGUGGUAAUGGUGAUCUGUAUGCAAAUAACAAUGGGAGCUGUAUGUAUGGAUGCAAUGCUAAAGCUAUGGCGCUUACGAAAUACUGUCAACUGCAUAUUCUCAAGGAUAGUAAGCAGAAGCUCUACACUGGUUGCACAAACGUCAUCAACAGAUCUCCAGCAGGACCAUUACUUUGUGGAAAACCUACACUUGCAUCGACUGUUCCUGUACUGUGUAAUGUGCACUUCCAGAAAGCACAAAGGAAUGUUGCCAAAGCUUUAAAAGAUGCUGGUCACAAUGUCUCUUCAACAAGGAAGCCUCCCCCAAAGCUCCAUGUUUUAGUAGCUGCAUUUGUGCAUCACAUUCAAGCCCAAAGAAAAAAUCCACACAAGGAGGAAAUUGCCAAAUUGGAGCCGUUGUUUAUUGAAAUGAAGAAGCUUUUCGGAGGUCCGGGAACUGUGUGUGGUCUGUUACUGAGAAUCGGACAAUGUGCUUCAGCUGCGGCUUCUAUAGGCGUUAUGGUCUCUGCCAAGGAGUUCUCUGUUCACACUGCUUUUUGCUACUUGAUUGCAUCAAUGGGUCUUCAAUUGUUGUGGAGCUUUGGGCUAGCUUGUCUUGAUGUUUAUGCUCUCAGGGGCAAGAAAGAUCUCCAAAACCCUAUCUUGGUUAGCUUAUUCGUCGUUGGUGAUUGGGUGACUGCAAUGUUAUCUCUUGCAGCUGCAUGUUCAUCAGCAGGAGUUGUUGUCUUGUAUGAAAAAGAUAUCAAGUAUUGCAAUACUCAAAGCCAAUAUCCAUGUCUUAGGUAUGAAGUAGCAGUAGCGCUUUCGUUCGUCACUUGGAUCCAGAUCGCUGUUUCUUCUCAUGUCACAUUUUGGAUCUUAGCCUCGGUUUAGUUUUGAAAAGAAACCCAACUUUUUCUUCUUCUUGGAAUCUUGAGACAUCUUUGUAGCUUUGAGGACAUAAACAAUCUGCUUCAAGUCGAAUCCACCAAUGUUUCUUGAAAUCAAAGCUAUUGCUAAAU